UGCUUUGAAAUUCCGCUAGCGCGAAGUGCCAGCAUGCGAAACCGCAGGCCUUCUCGUCGGCUGGCAGGAACCACGCACUAUCUGAACAAUUUGAUGCCUCGCUUUCUUCUUUAUCAGAUGACUUAGCUUUCUGCUAUACGUCAACGCAAGCCCCCUCUUUUCUCCCUGGAUCCUGUCGGUGAGCCCAUAACACGCAUAAUGUCGACAGUCGAUAUUGAGGCUCAGCAUGCGCCUGCUGAAAUGGACGGCUAUGACUCUGGUGUCAAAUGGACAGAUAACGGAGAGAAGCAGCAUAUCGACGGUGGUGCCGGUGAAAGGUUGAAACGAACCCGGUCUCGCGUCGCGGAGAAGCCAAACGUCGUGCCCGUACGCAAGGAUACCGCGCAAUCGGAAGAUGCACGAGAGAAACGAGUUCGGGGCCCAGCACUCGACACAUCUACAUCGUGGGCACGGUGCGCCGAAGAGCUCUGGAAGCAUGAGAAAGACGUCAUACAAGAUCUGAAGGAAGGGAUAGACACACUUCUUCUCUUCGCGGGUCUGUUUUCAGCAGUUGUCACCGCAUUCAAUGUCGAGUUCUACAAGACACUACAGCCCCAGCCGACAGAUUCCACCGCUCAGAUCCUCAUGCACAUAUCAGCGCAGCUGAACAGUUUUACUGUCAAUUCAGGCUCCAUUAACUCUACGAUACUCGGAUACCCAGUAAGAUACCCGGAGUCCGUUUCUCAACUCGAUAUCGCCACCAAUACACUCUGGUUCUCGGCACUUGUCAUAAGCCUUGCGGCCGCAUCCAUCGGGAUUACGAUCAAACAGUGGCUUAACAACCAUGUAGCCGGUGUGCCAUCGAACCCACGCCAGAGCGCGAUUGCCUGGUAUCUUCGCCACACUGGCUUUGAUCAAUGGCACGUGGAGGAUAUAGUGAACUUGAUGCCGAUUCUGCUGCAGCUUUCCUUGAUGCUCUUUCUAAUCGGUCUGGUACUACAGUUCUGGAAGACCAGCGCUGUGGUGGCUGGUAUGGUGCUUGGGCAAAUGGUCAUACUGAUGGCUUUCGCUUUCGGAACGGCUAUCACUCCGUCCCUUAACCCUCAUUCUCCCUACAAGUCUCCGAUGUCCCGUGCAUUCUAUAGACUAUUCCGUGUCUGGAGAGGGAACUAUGGGAUGAGCGUGCGGCGGUUAAAGCGGACGUUCGCGAAAUGGCGUGUUCACUGGUCUUCCACCAUGCCACCGAUUGUCAGACAGUAUACGUCCGACUUCAGGCCGAUUGAAAAUCUGCCCUUAUGGGAAGAUCGGGAAGACUUGGAGCUGACCGGCUUGGUCCCGAACAUCGAGCCCGUUGUGGUCUUGGAUGCCGCCUUCAAGACGUUGAAGGGUGCUUUUCUAGACAGGGUGCUUCAGCCGUUCCUGCGACUUGCUCCUUUUGAAAUCGCACUGGAUAUUUUUGAGCAUUAUUGCAAUAAAGAGGUGCCUUUCAUGUAG